AUGAAUCUAGCAAGUCGACGUCAACGUCAGUAUCAACGUAAAUACAAUUCGUACAGGAAAUACACAGCAACAGAAGAUGUGAAUUAUGCAGCUCACACAUCUCGAUCAUCUUACCGUUCCGAAUCGAUUACUUCAAGAAGCAGCGAUCGUGGCCGAAGUUCAUCAUCCGAAAUUAUCACUGUUUCGGAGACCCGAUCGUUGCCAGUAUACAUAGCAACUCAAGACUAUAUCCCUGAACCUGAUGAUACAGAAUCGAUAUCCUUGGAACAAGGACAAAUUGUUGAAGUAUUAGACAAGAAGAAUGCCGCCUCAUGGCUUAUCAGAACAAAGGCACGUCCACCGAAAUCAGGUUGGGUACCAGGAUCAUAUUUCGAAUCACCAACAGAAUAUUACAAGCAACGAAAAAGAACUCGAGAACUGGUGAACAGAGACCUAAAUUUAACGGAUGAACAAGAAGCAAUUAUGAAAAGAGAUCAAGUUUAUCAUGACCUAUUACGUUCCGAGGAAGAAUUCGUUAAUGAGCUACGAACAGUUGUUGAUACAUAUCUAAAAGCAUUGGAUGAUAUGGGUAUUCCGGAAGAAGUGAAAACAAAAAAGGAUCAAUUGGCUAUGAAUCUGAAACAACUGCAUAAUUUUCACGCCAACAUAAUGCUGAAAGGCCUACAAUACUACUCGGAUGAUCCUAAUAAAGUGGGCCAAACAUUCACACGACUAUCACGUGAUUUCGACUUACAUAUCCAAUUUCAUCAUAAUUUACCGCAUGUACAGGAAUUGCUUAAGCAGAAAACAAUCACCGACUUUUUUCAGGAUUUGAGUAAUAAAGUAGAAGCUGGAACAAAAACAUUCGAGGAACAUCUACAAAGUGUUGCCGAUCGUAUUGUUCAGUACCAAAAUUAUUUCAAGGAAUUUGUCAAAUAUGCAUCACGGGCUAAACUAAAUACAAAAACAAUACAAAGAGCACUUGAACUGUUGAUGUCAAUACCGGAACGUGUUGCCGAUAUGAUAUAUAUCAGGAAUAUUGAGCAGUAUCCUGGUGAUCUGACCAAACUUGGACGACUUUAUCGACAUGACUCAUUUUUGGUCUGGGAAAGUGAGCAGCAACCCACUGAACGCUAUGUAUUUCUAUUUAAAAACAAAUUAAUGUUUACGGACAAGAAUAGCAGCAGAGAUGUGCCAUCCUACAAACAUUACGCUACUAUACGUCUUGAUAAAUAUACAAUACGAGUUUCGGAAGCAGAACCGGACAUGUUGGAGCUUGAACCUAAUGAGCCAGGACUUCCGGAGUUUCAAAUUCGUGCAAAAGAUGCUCAAUCGAUGGAGUUUGUCCGACAGGCCUGGUUAAAAGAUAUGAGUGAAAUGAAGGAACAUGAUGUUGCUGCUACUGGUGCUGUUAAUACUUUUGAUAAUGUUCUCUGA